GCCAUAAAUUUUUUUCCUUCUCCAUAGAUCUGACAAGUAAAGUAUUCUAUGUUUUCCUAAUUUACUUAUGGUAUCACUAUUGUCUAAAUCAUACACCUAUUUUGAUGUGAUCUUGGUAUAGGGUGUGAGAUACUGUUCUAUACUGUUAUGAUGGGAUUUUGGGUGAGGAAAGAACAAGAGGAAACAAAUAAAUUCAAAUUUAUUGGUUGGGAAGGGUAGGAAGGAACAAGGAGUAAUUUUAUUUUUAGGAGUAAUUUAAAUUUUAGGAAUAUAUUAUACUUCUACUUAUCUUAAAAGCUAAUAUCUAUAAACUAUCUUAUUAAGCUAAGUAUUAACUUUCCAAUAUCCAAGUCACAUACCAGGAAUCCAAUCAAAUGGGCCAUGUGGGGUUUUCCUUAAUGGACUUCCCUGACCAGCAGGGUCCCACAAGGGAAGGGGCUCACCUUUGUGAUGGGACCCGAGGAGAGGUAGGAACCGAGAACCAGGGUGGAAAUGAAAGACACGGACAAGUCAGUGGUUGGAUAGGGCAGGCAAACCCUAUGAUACUCCCUUUGAUAGGAGAGUAUGAGUACAAAGGAACACGAGGUGGAUGAGGAGAUUAAGAUAGGAAAUGCAAGCCGAGGUGGUUACAGCCUCGGGAAGGAGAAGGUCAAGAGGAGAGAGAGAUAUAGUCAUUGAGGAGCCCAGUGGAGCUCCAUGAAAGGGAAAGGCCAAGAGGCAAGAGGAAGUUCAUGGGUUUGCCUCUGAAUUUAUUCCUGUCCUGCUUGGGCGGUACUCCCAAGGACGUAGUAACCACAUCACAAAGUAUAGACAAUCAAGAUUGGGUGGCAAGGUAGAGGGAACACCUUUGGGCGUGUAGAUUGCAAACCGCGCUUUCCGGGGAAUUGAGUCCGAGCAUGUUAAUGAGUUUGUCUUAGCCAAGGGCCGCAUGGCCAGUUCAAGGUUACAUUCACAAACCUCAUUGGUAUAACCUUAUGCUUGGAGACACAGUAGCCAUACAGUCAUUUAUAUUUCAUAGAUGUGAAUAUGCUUGGGAUGCUACAGGCCAGGAUCUUCAGUUGGUUGACAUCCAAGCAGAUCCAGAGAUCUUCUUACUGAUGCUGCCAGCAGCCAGAUCCAAAAGCCUCUUUCUUCUGUUGGUCUCAGGAGAAAAUCUCUUCCAAGCCUUAUACUCAGGUCCUUCCAGGAGAGAAGUCAGUUGGGUAUGGAAUCUUUCUUCAGAUAUCUAGCCUCAGGCUCCCAUAUGACCCUUAGUCACAUGCUCCUGUCAAUCACUCUGAGGUUUGCACCUCUCAGUUUUUGUAAACCUUUCAUCCUUUAUCACAUUACCUAGUUUCUGCUAUACUGUUUUACAUUUUUUCCAGCAGUUUUUUUUUAUCAAAUAGUGAAUUCUUAUCUCAAAAGCUGAGACCUUUGGGGGUUUAUCAAAUACUAGAUUGCUGAGAUCAUUUACCCCUAAUCUAUUCCAUUGGUCCGCCAUUCUGCUUUUUUAGCCAGUACCAGAUUGCUUUGAUGAUUACUGCUUUAUAGUACAGUUUGAGAUCUGGUACUGCUAAGCCACCUUCCUUCAUAUUGUUUUCAUUAAUUCUCUGGAUAUUCUCAAUCUUUUGUUCUUCCAGAUGAAUUUUUUUUUCUAGUUCUAUAAAAUAAUUUGAGGUAGUUUGAUUGAUAUGGCUCUGAUAAGUAAAUUAAUUUAGGUAGGAUUGUCAUUUUUAUUAUAUUAGCUCAGCCUAUCCAUGAGCAAAUUCAUGUUUCUCUAAUUGUUUAGAUUUCACUUUAUUUGUGUGAUAAGUGUUUUGUAAUCAUGUCUGUCUUGGCAAAUAGAUUCUCAAGAAAUAUUGUAUAAUUUUAACAGAUGUAUUAGAGAUUUCUCUUUGAAGGACAGAUUCUAAUGAUACACUUUGUUCUAAUGAGUCAAAUGCUUUUUUUUUUGUAAUCAGCAAACAAUGAUGAGAUCUUAUAUUCCCUACACUAUUCAGUCAGUUUUAUGACAGUAAAGCCACAGUUUUUCCAUAGACAAUCAUUUGCAGUGUUUGACUGUUCCUUUCCCAUAUUUUCAUCCUUGAUAUCAUCAAAACAUGUGUAAUUCAUUCUCAAAAAUUUACAUAAAAAUAAGAAAGUAGGCAUAUGAUUCAGGAGCUUGCUCAAUCUCCUUUAUGAAUAUGAUCCAUGAUUUUUUCUCCUAUCUUAGUUUCCCUCCAUAAGAUAUCUUGUUAAAGAAUCAUUUAAUGCUUUCAAGAUAGUGUGUCCUCUGUCAUGAAUUUCCACCAUGUAUAGCCCAGUCAAACUCCCCCCCCCUUUCUUCUCCCCUCCAACUCCCAUCUUCUUAACUCCUAUUUCAACUUUCUCAUAACACAGUGAAGACUGAAGUUACAUGUACUUAUUAUCAACUCAAGUUAAGGAAAAACAUUCCAACAUUUUGAGCUGCCCAAAAGUCAAAUGGGAUGCUUGGGUAGGUAAUGAAAUACUUGUGGAGGUUUUCAAAUGAAGGAUGGAUCAAUAUAUGUAAGAGAAGUUGCAAGGAAAAUUCCAACUCAGAUUGGACUUGAGAACCUCUGAGAUUCCUCUCAAUACUGAGGUUCUGUAAAUAUAUUACUUUAUUAUUACAAAGUACUUUUAAUCUAUUACCCCAUUUGAUCUUCACAUCUAUUCCAUGAAGCAAGCAGAAUCAAGUCAGCAAGCAUUUAUUAUAUUGCCAGGCACUGAAAGUAUAAAGACAGGCAAACAGCAGUAACAAUCCCUGUCCUGAAGGAGUGCAGGGUUUAAUGGAAAAGACAAAUACAAACAACUAUGUAUAAAAAAGAUACUUGGGGGAUAAAUUUAAAAUCAUCUCAGUGGGAAGGUCUUAGCGUUAAAUGUGACCAGGAGAGGCUCCUUUGAGGAAGGUGGAAUUUUACCUGGAACCUAAAAGCAAAAUAGCUCUUGUCCCCAUUUUAUAAUUAAGGAAACUAUUUGUUCAUUAUCACAAGGAGUGUUGGACUGAGGACACGACCCCCUCUGUUCUGACUUCAAGUCCAGUGGUUCGUUUCCCUCUCCCCUCCCCACAUUCAUCUGUGGUGGCUCUUAUGUGAAUGUAGCCCAAGGAACUACUCAGACCUAUGAUCUGCACAGGAAAUUGUUCUGUAUGCGUUCUUAAUUGACAAGUAUCCUUCUAGGAAUGGUACCGAAAUCAUUUCAACAAAUAUUUAUUAAACAUCAACUAUGACCCGAACCCUUGAGAAUACAAAAGUAAAUGUGACACAGGUUGGUGGCUGUUGAACUAUUAUGACUAAAGCCUUUGUUGCACUCUAAGAAAAAUCAGAGAAUGUUGCUGCCAAUUUGCAGGUGAACCAGCAUUUUCAAUACAAUAUGGCACCAGACCAAUCUGAUGUUAAUAUCAGUUCCUUGGGACACCCGGAAAUUCAGAUUUCCUACCAGGGAAAAGUAAUCCAUAGUGGAGAGAGGGUUUAUGAUUGUAAGCUUUAAGUGAAAGUAGAUCAGAAAAGUUUUCUUCUUGGUCCUUGGCUCCUAGCAAGUAAGAGAGAUCGAAGUCAUAUGUAUUUUGAAGAGAAAAUGUCAAGCUAUAGUAUCUGGCUUUCAUAGGAAAACGGCAAACUAAGCGGAACUGGUCGCCCUGUCAUCUGAUUUGACGCCGAAAGAGACCAUUAAGGUCUCCACAGACGGAAACAUUAGCUGAGCAUUCUUAAUACACAGGCUUUCUUUUGUCAGACAAGUUUUGUCCAGACUUGCUUCCAUUGGAGCCAGAACUAUAGGGCAACACAGGUAUUAUUCAAUGCUUAGACUUUGUAGUGAAUACUAUUGUGUUUAAAAGCAUAGUCGAAAGAACGAGAACUUAAAACUAGUGCGUGAAAUUCGCAGGGAACUUUGGUUCUAUUCCGCUAAACUUGGUUUCACUACGCAAAAUUUUGCUCUCAGUGGAGACAAUGCAGAGAACGAACGGUCCAAAUCUUUAAUUAUUAAAGCAGAGGCUUAGUUUGGCUUACUGUGCAUAGGCCGAGUCCCGGAGCACUGGCUCCUCAGGUUCAGAUAGUUUGCCUUGGCAGUGAGCGAGCUUCUAGCGUUUGGAAACGCAGGCGAGAAGUGGAAGGAAACUCCGGUUCUUACGCGCCGCGGUGUCCGACAGCUAGAACCGGCGCGAGCACAUUCCUCGUGCAGUUAUUGGCUGGAACUCUGUGUGCCGCUGUCGGCCAAUGAAGAGGCUGGAGAUCUGGCCGCUGCAGCUCCCCCUCCCCUCGCUGUGCCCCGGGACAAGGCGCAGACUGAGGAGUCGGGGAACGAAUCAAAGGCGCCCGGAAAGCGGAAAAAGCAAUGUCCGACUUUGCGCCGAGCGCUCCAUUCCGAAAUUUCCGAGCGCGGGCUGACUGAAAUUAGCUUCUCCGAGGGAACCGCUGGAACAAACUGGGCGAAAGAAGUUGCUAUUGUGUGAGAUGGUCCCAGCUGCCGGGAGGAGCCGCCGGGUCAGCACUGGGAGAGUGGUGGGAGUCCUGCUUCUGCUUGGCGCCUGGGACAGUGUUUCCGCGCUCAUCAGCUAUGAGAUCCCGGAAGAAAGAGAGAAAGGUUUCCGAGUGGGCAACGUGGUUGUCGAUCUGGGCUUGGAUCUCAGCAGCCUGUGGGAGCGCAGGCUGUCUGUGGCGUCCGGAGCUGGCCGGAGAUUCUUUGAGGUGAAUAGGGAGACGGGGGAAUUGUUCGUGAACGAAAGACUGGACAGGGAGGAACUGUGUGGGACACUCCCGUCCUGCACGGUAACUUUGGAAUUGCUAAUGGAGAAACCCCUGGAGCUUCAGCGAGUGGAGGUGGUGAUCCAGGACGUCAACGACAACGACCCCGCUUUCCCUACCAGUGGAAUGAAACUCGAAAUCAGUGAGGCCAUGGCCCCGGGGGCGCGAUUCCCUCUCGAGAGUGCACACGAUCCAGAUGUGGGAAUUAACUCUUUACAAACCUAUGAGCUAAGUGUAAAUGAACACUUUGUGCUGAGCGUGCAGACCCGGGAAGACGGUAGCAAGUACGCGGAACUAGUGCUAGAAGAAGCCCUAGACCGUGAGCACGAGGGGACCCUUCAGUUAGUGUUGACAGCUUUAGACGGAGGAACACCAGCCCGUUCUGCUAGCCUUCCCAUCUUAAUCACUGUGCUUGAUGCCAACGACAACGCCCCCCAGUUCAAUCAUUCUCUGUAUCGGGCGCGUGUGCGGGAGGAUGCUGCCCCCGGCACUCCAGUGGUACAAGUUCAUGCAACAGAUCUGGACGAGGGACCAAACGGAGAAGUCAUCUACUCCUUCGGCAGCCACAAUAGAGCCCGAGUGAAGGACCUUUUCUCCCUAGACCUGGUGACCGGAAUGCUGACAGUACGAAGGCGGCUGGACUUCGAUGACACGAAGCUAUAUGAGAUUUACAUCCAGGCGAAAGAUAAGGGCCCCAACCCUGAAGGGGCCCAUUGCAAAGUGUUGGUUGAAGUCAUAGAUGUGAAUGACAAUGCUCCAGAGAUCGUUGUCACCUCCGUGUACAGCCCAGUCCCUGAGGAUGCCAUCCCAGGAACUGUGGUCGCCUGGCUCAGUGUGACCGAUCUGGACUCGGGGGAUAAUGGUCUGGUGACUUGUGAGAUUCCAUCUGGCCUUCCUUUUAGCCUUACUUCUUCCCUAAAAAACUACUUUACUUUGACAACCAGUGCCUCCCUGGACCGUGAAGCUGUUCCAGAGUACAACAUCAGUAUCACAGCCCGAGAUGCAGGAUCCCCGCCUCUCUCAGCAGUCACUACUCUCAGAGUCCAAGUGUCUGACAUUAAUGAUAAUCCUCCUCAAGCCACAAAGUCCUCCUAUGAUGUCUACGUGGAGGAGAACAACCUUGCAGGAAUUGCAAUCCUGAACCUUAGCGUCUGGGAUCCUGACGCCCCCAACAACGCCCGUCUAUCCUUCUCACUCCUAGACCGAGGUCACCAAACUGGGCUGGUGGGCAGAUACUUCGCCUUGCACCCAGACAACGGCAUCCUGUCCGCCCUCUUGCCUCUGGACUACGAGGAUCAGCGUGAGUUUGAGCUGACCGCCCACGUCUGCGAUGGGGGCAACCCACCCUUGUCAACCAACAUUAGCUUGAACGUGUUUGUCACUGAUCUCAAUGACAAUGCCCCUCAGGUGCUUUACCCGAGGCCAGGUCGGAGCUCGGCACAGACACUGCCCCGAGGCAGUGGUGCUAAUUACUUGCUUACUCGCGUAGUAGGCUGGGAUGCUGAUGCAGGCCAUAAUGCUUGGCUUUCCUAUAGCCUCCUAGGAACUUCAAACCAGAGCCUCUUCGCCGUAGGGCUCAGAACUGGAGAAGUCAGUACCACUCGACCAGUUCAAGACAUUGACCCAGCAUGGCAUAAGCUUGAGAUCCUGAUUAAAGACAAUGGAGAACCCCCUCUUUCCACCACGGUGACUCUGACAGUGUCUGUGACAGAGGUGUCUUCAGAUGCCCGCGUGGAGUCCCCAUCCGGUUUGGCUCCUCAGGAGCAAAAUAAAAAUCUCACGUUCUACCUGCUUUUGUCUGUGAUCUUGGUCUCCGUGGGAUUCGCAGUCACCGUGCUAGGAGUGAUUGUAUUUCGAGUUUACAAAUGGAAAAAAUCAAAGAACCUAUACAGUUCCUCAGGGAGUUCAUUGUACCGAACGCCUGGGCCUUCCCUGCACGUGGAUGCUGUUCGAGGAGGCCUAAUGUCCCCCCACCUCUACCACCAGGUAUACCUCACUACAGACUCUCGCCGUAGCGACUUGCUGCUAAAGAAGCCCUGUGCUCCAAGUCCUAUGGGAAGUCUCCAGAACACCCUACGGAGCUGCGAUCCCGCCUUUUGUAGGCAAGUGUUAGGUGCUGAGAGCACCCCUCCUGUCCAGCCCUUGAAGCGCCGGCGAAGCCGCGCCGGAGCUGGCGCCGGGAAAGGGAAGCAGGUGUCUCUGGUUGCCGUGGCCUUUUGUCUCGGGGUCGGCUUUUCCCGAGCCUUGAGUCCAUCCAGGUGCAAAGCAUUUGGGGCGGAGAUGCGCCACGGGGUUAAGAUCUGGGCUGGAAUCCGGCCGGGGGCUUGCCUUUUGUUCUUUUGCCAGCUAGGUUACGUUUCCGGGCAGAUCCGCUACCCAGUCCCCGAGGAAUCGAAGGAGGGGACCUUUGUGGGAAAUAUUGCCCAGGAUUUCCUGCUAGAUGCCGAAAGCCUGUCGGCUCGUCGGUUGCAGGUCGCUGGCGAGGCGAACCAGAGGUACUUCCGCGUGGAUCUGGACAGCGGAGCCCUGCUUGUCAAGGAUCCCAUCGAUCGAGAGGCUCUCUGUGGGCUCAGUGCCAGCUGCGUUGUGCCGCUGGAGUUUGUGACUGAGGGGCCCUUGGAAAUGUACCGGGCAGAGGUGGAGAUCGUGGAUGUGAAUGACCAUUCUCCUCGAUUCCCUAGGCAGCAGCUAGACCUGGAGAUUGGGGAGGCGGCACCCCCAGGGCAGCGCUUCCCCCUAGAGAAGGCUCAGGAUGCAGACGUGGGGAGUAACUCCAUCAGCAGCUACAGGCUGAGCCCUAAUGAUUACUUCGCCCUAGACGUGAAGAAGCGCAGUGACGGCAGUCUCGUCCCAGAGCUGCUGCUGGAAAAACCUUUGGAUAGGGAGAAGCAAUCGGACUACCGUCUGGUGCUGACUGCCGUCGAUGGGGGCAGCCCUCCAAGGUCGGGCACCGCAGAACUCAAAGUGUCUGUAUUGGACGUAAAUGACAACGCCCCAACUUUCGAGCAGUCUUCUUACAGAAUCAGUGUGCUUGAGAGUGCACCAGCGGGCACUUUACUCAUCCAGCUCAACGCCACUGACCCCGACCAGGGUUCCAGCGGUAACAUCACCUUUUCCUUCAGCAAUCAUACCCCAGAACGGGUUCGGGCUCUCUUUGGCCUGAACUCUAUUACGGGGCAACUCACACUCCGGGGUCCCCUAGAUUUUGAGGUUGACAACUACUAUGAAUUUGACGUGAGGGCUAGGGAUGGGGGGAUGCCAGCCAUGGAACAGCACUGCAGUCUCCGAGUGGAUGUAUUGGAUGUGAAUGACAACGCCCCACAGAUCACGCUGACCUCGGAACUGGGUACCCUUCGCGAGAGCGCUGAACCUGGCACCGUGGUGGCACUCAUUAGCGUACAAGACCCAGAUUCUGGGCCUAAUGGUGAUGUGAGCCUCCGUAUCCCCGAACACCUGCCCUUUGCUCUCAAGUCAGCCUUCAAGAACCAGUUCUCCCUGGUGACUGCUGCUGCCCUGGAUCGAGAGGUGGAAUCCAAAUAUGAGAUUCCAGUUACCGCCUCUGAUUCGGGCUCUCCACCUCUGAGCACACGCAGGACAAUUUUCCUUAAUGUUUCCGACGUGAAUGAUAACCCACCUUCAUUCAUCCAGAGAUCCCAUGAGGUCUUCGUCCAGGAGAACAACCGCCCUGGAGAUCUGCUGUGCUCUCUGGCAGCCUCGGAUCCAGACUCAGGUUUAAAUGCGCUCAUCUCUUACUCCCUUCUGGAGCCCAGAGGUCGGGAUGUCUUGGCUUCCUCAUUCAUCUCCCUCAAUCCUCAGACCGGAGCAGUCCACGCCACCAGGUCCUUCGACUACGAGCAAACUCAGACACUGCAGUUCGAAGUACAGGCCCGAGAUCGGGGCGACCCACCCCUCAGCAGCACGGUGACAGUUCGCCUCUUCGUGCUAGAUCUCAAUGACAAUGCCCCUGCGGUACUCCGUCCCAAGGCUAGGCAAGGCUCUCUGUGCCCACAGGCACUUCCCCCAUCAGUGGGAGCUGGCCAUCUUGUAACCAAGGUCACUGCGGUGGACUUGGAUUCAGGAUAUAAUGCCUGGGUCUCCUAUCAACUUCUCGAGGCCCCGGAUCCUAGCCUAUUUGCUGUGUCUCGCUAUGCAGGCGAGAUUCGGACAGCAGUUCCAAUCCCAGCUGACCUUCCGCCCCAGAAGCUGGUUAUAGUGGUCAAGGACAAUGGGAGUCCUCCACUCUCCACCUCCGUGACACUGCUGGUGUCUCUGGAGGAAGAUUCACACCCAGCUCUUCCUGAUCUCCGGGAGCACUCAGCGAAGCCCCAAGGGGAGUCUCACUUGACCCUCUACCUUGCAGUAUCCCUGGUAGCGAUCUGCUUUGUCUCUUUCGGCUCUUUUGUGGCACUGCUCUCCAAGUGCCUGCGAGGUACAGCUUGCGGCCUGCGAUGCCUUGGCGGGACCUGCUCCUGUCUCAGUCGGUCCCGAAGGAGGGAGGGGCUCCCACCUUCCAAUGGCAUCCUCCGAAUCCAGUUGGGUUCGGAAGAUCCCAUCAAAUUUGUGGACGUGGGCGGUCACUCUCAUGGUUGCACACCCUUGGCUUCAGCACCCUCUCGGAGCGAUAGCUUCAUGAUGGUGAAAUCACCGAGUGCACCUCUGGCAGGGGAGCCUGUCCGCCCAAGCUGCCCGCCUUCCGAUCUGCUCUACGGACUGGAGCAAGCUCCGCCCAACACGGACUGGCGUUUCUCUCAGGCCCAGAGACCAGGCACCAGUGGCUCCCAGAAUGGUGAUGAAGGAGGCACCUGGCCCAACAAUCAAUUUGACACGGAGAUGCUGCAGGCGAUGAUCCUGGCUUCUGCCAAUGAAGCUGCAGAUGGGAGUUCGACCCUUGGCGGUGGCGCAGGUACCAUGGGGCUGAGUGCCCGCUAUGGGCCCCAGUUCACCCUGCAGCAUGUGCCUGACUAUAGACAGAAUGUAUACAUCCCAGGCAGCACUGCCACCUUGGCCAACGCCGCUGGAAAGAGAGAUGGCAAGGCCCCUGCAGGUGGCAAUGGAAACAAGAAGAAAUCUGGCAAGAAGGAAAAGAAGUAGGGUCAGCAUUAGGUCCCAAGCACAGGGCCACAGGGCAAACCCCCUCCCACCAAUCCAGCCUCCUCCCAGUUCCCUGAACCCUCAGAAUGUAGGGAAUCACCCUCAGGCUGCUGGUGGGAGUCAUGGUGACCCUUCCCUCUUGGGAAACACAAAUAAGUGCCCUGUGAAUACCCCCUUCUGUGCCUGCAGAGGGAUUGAAUAUGCAAAGGGGGUACUGCCAGGAACCCCCCCAAUACAAAUGCUGUGCCCAUAGGAACAGUGCAGAUAAAGAGAUUCAUAUAUAUAACUCCCCUCCUUUCCUCCAUCCCUAGCUUAGAAGCCCCAGUUACAGUUUAGCUCCCCACACAUUCUUCUUCCUCUCCCCAUCAGUUAAGUGGACUCUGUCUCCCACUCCCAAACCUCCAACCCUUCCCUCCCUUCUUUUGAGUAUUAUGGGUAUUAUGAGACCUUAAGAUCUGGGGAAUGGGGACAGGACUGUGUUUGUCUCAUACCUGUGGAGAGAAGUGGGGGCACAGUGACCUCUGACUCCCACUUCUCAAACCAUUUCCUUUCCUGUUUCCCCUCCUUCCCCUCUUCCCCCCACCCCAUCCCUCUAGUGCCUGAAAUCAUGGAUAGAAUACAGGUGCUUGGGAACAAAUGCAGUCAUCAUCCCCAUGAACCGAACAUGGACAGGUUUGGGGGAGAUCUUCCUCCCCCAGACCCUGUCCAAGGCCCCAGGAAACAGGGAGCAGGGUUGAGUUAAUGGGACCAUUCUCUUCAGAGUUCCUCAUCUCUUAUUCUUCUCCACCCCUCAGCAAAAGAAUCCAUUGCAUGUUGGGAAAUAGCAUGGCAUGUUGGGAUGAGUAGGGAGGGUAUAGGGAGGGGGGACCUUUCCACUAGAAAGGAAGACAAAUCUUUGGUCAGGGUCUCAAAGAAGGAGGGGUUGUGGGUCCUCUCACCACCACCUCCCACUAGUUACUGGUUGGGCUCUCAGAACUAAUCAGGCCCCCAUAUUCUAUAACUGUCCCGGAGCCAAGGACUCUGUGGACAAGAGAGCUCUGGGUUGGAUCUCCUUCCUGGGAUACAGAGCCUGGGAUGUCACCUUGGCCACAGGGGAUUUAAAGGGAACCAAAUGGCAUCAAAGUGAGAUUGAGCUCUUGGGCCUGGCAUAGAUGUUACGGGGAUUUGUGUGUGGGCAUGUGUAAAAGGGAGGGGGAGUCAUUCAGGUUGGGCCAGCUGGACACAGUUGCCAGGGGCAACCCAAGCAUCCUUACUCCCUUAUUCAUCAGGUAAGAUAAGCAAGAAGGGUCAGUGCAGGCCAGUUUGUUCUAGGGCAGUUUGACCAAUACAGGAAGCCACACGUCCUCCCCCCACCCUUCCCCCAGGAAGAGGUUCUGCAUGAUGGUCAGACAGACAUCAUGCUCUUUUCCCCCAGACAGACAGAGACCCAGGAGCAGAGAGACAGAUGGGUCGGGGGAGGGAGGAAGGGUUCUCUUCUAGAUCCCGGUGAAGUCUGUAUUCCCUCACCCUCUCAGGUGCCAUUUAUUCUACUUUGCCAUUCCCUACCCUUUUCCAGAAUUUCCUGGAGCCUGGGUAAUGCCUCCCAUCCCCGAUCCAUCAUUUUGUCCCGACCCUGGCCCGGUGGGGCUGCACUAGUCUUGUUCACCCAGAGGGGACCCUCCUGCAUUUCACCACUCUUUAGUGUAGUGAGUAGCGACCCUGACCGCAAUCCCUGAGCUGGUGUAGAGUAGCUGGUGUGUAGCUAGUGCGGUGUGCUUGCUUUUGUGAUGACGAGGGGACGGCAGCAUGGAGGCUAGUCUCUGUCUGCUCCCACUCCGUCCUGUGCUUUUAUGCUGUGUCUGUGUGCUACAGAUCCCCCUCCCAGCCCAGUCUCACUUUCCCAGUACUGACCUCUGUACCCCUUCGAUAGAAGCUUCUCUUGCAUAGUCAUGUAGCCCCCUCCACUACCCCCAUAAUCGCAAGUUUUAUACUCUAAUAUUUAUAUAGCUUUUUUCUUUGGGAAAAAUAAUAAAAUGGUUUCUUCUGAA